UUCGCCGUGCACAGAUCAAAAACCCGUAUCGGAGAAAACCUUCAGACGCACCGUUCCGGUCGGUUCUAGCAGUCAGGAGCAAAAGGAAAUAAGGCAGCCGAGAAAGCGAUGGCCGCAGCAGAACUGAACAUAGGAAUGCUCCACCUCGUGCUGGAGAUGUACAAAAUGGCCAGCGAUCCCGAGAACGAGAGCUUGCAGUGGAGUGCGGACGGCAGCCUGCUAAUCGUGAACCUGCCGGCGCUGGCCCUCCAUUUGAUGUCGCUCGUCGACGAGGAGAAUCCGCUCAUCUGGUUCCUGCAGCAUAUGGGCGGGGCCGGCUUCGUGCAGUGUCCGCUGGAGGCGGUCGACGAGGCGGAGUACAACACGCCGCCGGAAGUGACGCGCGUCUUCUGGCAUCCUCAGUUCCACCGCCAUAAUCCCUGGUUCAGCUACUACUGGAUCGGCGAGCACUAUGCGGACCAGCAGCGUGACGAAGAGUAGCCUCACCGAUGAUACCGGACAACGUGGAGUAGCGUGGGCGCCGAUCCUGCAAGACGCAAGAGCAAUCGAACGGUCCGAUUCGAACGAACAACAGAAAGACGGAGACCGACGACGCAAGGAUUUAGUGAUCGGCGCACCGCGCGCAGAUGUUGAGAAAUUCGGCACUCGACACACUCCAGCAACAGUUACACCGGCUUUGCGAUGAGCGUACUGUGUUUUGGUGUAGGCUUAGUUAGUACAGCAUAGUUUAUUGAUGGAAAAGCCCAACUUUUAAGACGACAGAAGAAAAAAAACACAGCGACGGAGAGAAAGAGAGAGGGGGGGGGGGCGAAAACAAGCAGACAUAGAUUAAGCGAGAGCAAACGCUAUCGGAAGCGGACACAUUCUGGGUGAUGGGACGGAUGGAAGGAUUCACGUUUCGCAAAGCGAUCGCUAGGGGCAUGCGCCAGGCCGGAUAUGCGAGUCGCGAUUCGCGCGAAUAGCGAAAAAAGGGGGGGAAUAUAACACCAUCAACUUACCUGUAAGCUCAUUCAGCAACAUUACUUAUCAAUAAAACGGCUACCGGCUGA